AUUUCGGAUUGCGCAGUGGAGAACAGCCGUCCGCCAUCACUGCAUACAAGCUAACACUAGCCAAAACCACUGAGGAGAACGACUGACAACAACACAACAGACACACAGGGCGACCUAAUUCCCACAGGGGAGGUCACCGAGUUUCUCUGUCGCUUUCCGGGCGCUGAAAGCAAAUUAGCAGCUGCCUUUCAUGUAGUCUUUAAGUCAACUUAGAAAGGAUAGUCGUUGCAACUAAUCAUGUCCAACCUAAAAAGCGGCCCCAAGAAGGACACCAAGAUGAGGAUACGAGCCUUUCCUAUGACAAUGGAUGAGAAAUAUGUGAACAACAUCUGGGACCUUCUAAAGAAUGCUAUCCAGGAGAUUCAGAGGAAAAACAACAGUGGACUGAGCUUUGAGGAGCUGUACAGGAACGCCUACACAAUGGUGCUCCACAAACAUGGGGAGAAGCUGUACACAGGCCUGAGGGAGGUGGUCACUGAGCACCUCAUCAACAAGGUACGGGAAGAUGUCCUAAACUCCUUAAAUAAUAAUUUUCUGCAAACACUGAAUCAGGCCUGGAAUGACCACCAGACUGCCAUGGUCAUGAUCAGAGACAUCCUCAUGUACAUGGACAGGGUCUAUGUUCAGCAAAACAAUGUGGAAAAUGUCUACAACCUUGGCCUCAUCAUAUUCAGAGACCAGGUGGUGCGCUACGGCUGCAUUCGGGAUCACCUCCGACAGACCUUACUGGACAUGAUUGCACGGGAAAGAAAGGGAGAGGUUGUAGACAGGGGAGCUAUCAGAAAUGCCUGCCAGAUGCUGAUGAUUCUAGGCCUGGAUGGCAGGUCUGUAUACGAGGAGGACUUUGAGGGUCCUUUCUUAGAUAUGUCAGCAGAAUUCUUCCAGAUGGAAAGCCAAAAGUUCUUAGCAGAAAACUGUGCCAGUGUCUACAUAAAGAAGGUAGAGGCCAGAAUCAAUGAAGAGAUUGAGCGAGUUAUGCAUUGCCUGGACAAGUCCACAGAAGAACCCAUUGUCAAAGUAGUGGAAAGGGAGCUAAUUUCAAAACACAUGAAGACCAUUGUGGAGAUGGAGAACUCUGGCUUGGUCCAUAUGCUUAAGAAUGGCAAGACGGAAGACCUGGCAUGCAUGUACAAGCUGUUUAGUCGUGUGCCAAAUGGCCUGAAAACAAUGUGCGAGUGUAUGAGCUCUUACUUGAGAGAGCAAGGCAAAGCUCUGGUGUCAGAAGAGGGAGAGGGCAAGAACCCCGUUGACUACAUUCAGGGUUUGCUAGACCUGAAAACACGAUUUGAUCGGUUCCUCCUCGAGGCCUUCAACAACGACAGACUCUUCAAACAAACUAUAGCUGGAGACUUUGAGUAUUUCCUGAACCUCAACUCCCGCUCUCCAGAGUACCUUUCACUCUUUAUUGAUGACAAGCUCAAGAAGGGAGUCAAAGGGUUGACGGAACAGGAAGUGGAGUCGAUUCUUGACAAGGCCAUGGUGUUGUUCCGGUUUAUGCAGGAGAAGGAUGUUUUUGAAAGGUACUACAAGCAGCAUUUGGGUCGCCGGCUGCUCAGUAACAAGAGUGUCUCAGACGACUCAGAAAAGAACAUGAUCUCUAAGCUCAAGACAGAGUGCGGCUGUCAGUUCACCUCAAAACUGGAAGGGAUGUUCAGAGACAUGAGCAUCUCCAACACUACUAUGGAUGAGUUCAGGCAACACAUACAAACUACAUCAGCAUCUUUAAGUGGUGUGGACCUCACAGUAAGAGUCCUAACUACUGGCUACUGGCCCACACAGUCUGCAACACCUAAAUGCACCAUCCCCCCUGCUCCCAGACACGCCUUUGAAGUCUUCAGACGAUUUUACCUAGCUAAGCACAGUGGUAGACAGCUCACAUUACAACAUCACAUGGGAGGAGCUGACCUAAACGCAACUUUCUAUGGAGCUGUUAAAAAGGAGGAUGGUUCAGAGUUGGGUAUGGGAGGUGCCCAGGUGACAGGGUCUAACACCCGCAAGCACAUACUACAGGUCUCCACCUUCCAGAUGACCAUCCUCAUGCUCUUCAACAACAGAGAAAAGUGCACUUUUGAGGAGAUUCAGCAGGAGACAGAUAUUCCAGAGCGAGAGUUGGUGCGAGCAUUACAGUCUUUAGCAUGUGGGAAACCCACACAGCGAAUUCUCACUAAGGAGCCCAAGUCCAAGGAGAUAGAAAAUGGACACGUGUUUACAGUCAACGAUCAGUUUACCUCGAGACUGCACAGAGUCAAAAUUCAGACAGUUGCUGCUAAACAAGGUGAAUCAGACCCUGAAAGGAAAGAGACUCGGCAGAAAGUGGAUGACGACAGGAAGCACGAGAUUGAGGCAGCCAUUGUCCGAAUCAUGAAGUCGAGGAAGAAGAUGCAACACAAUGUCCUGGUUGCAGAGGUCACUCAGCAGCUCCGGGCACGUUUUCUUCCGAGCCCUGUGGUAAUCAAAAAGCGGAUAGAGGGACUUAUAGAAAGAGAAUACUUGGCGAGGACACCAGAGGACCGUAAAGUGUACACCUACGUUGCGUAGAAGAUGAACUGUGAAGGAGACGAGGAAGAGACUGGACUGGAGGGAGGGGGAGGGGUAGUUGUUUUUCUUUGGACUGUUGUUACGCAUGGACUGGAAGUUUCUUUUAGAGACAGACACUGGGAACCCGACUCAUCGCCCCUUCCAAAAAAAUACAGUAAAAACAUAAAUGGGGAAUAAAAAUCUUACUACAGGAAAAAAGAAUCCAUCGAAAUCUUCUAGAUGAUUUUUAAAUCUGACCAAACUUCCUGUUCCCUGAGAGUUUUAACAUGGAUGGAUCCAGCUUCAAGCUUUUCACUGUUUUACCCUUGUAGAGCUCAAACUUGAAAAGAAUCCCUUGGGAAAAAUGUGAAUGCACCACUUAUUUUUUUGGCUCAAUACUGUAUAAAAAUAAAAUUAUUUAAAAAAAGGAAAAAAAAAAAAGGAAAAUGUGGAUUCUUACAAAAUAACGAUUAUGAAAUGCUGGAGUUUUUCAAGCAAGCAAUUGCAAAAAGUCCACUAAUUUACUGGUGUUUGUCAACCAGCUGUGACGGAUCAGUAUGAAAGGAAGCGGGCUGAGAGGGAGCGUUUACUGCUCUCUGCUGACCCUUUGUGGAAAUAGCAUUUAAAUCCACACCCA